AAAAUGAGAUUUUUAGGCAUGAAAUGUGUGUCAGUUUGGGUGUUUUUAGUGGUGACGACAAGCUUGAGUGAACAAAGCAAAGGCGAAACUUGUAGUUUCACCUUCUUUUCUUCCCUUGUUAGGCUGAUUCCGUGCAGGCCAUCGGUUGCUCCAUUCCGCCCUAUUCCGCCGACCGCAGCCUGCUGCAAUGCCGUCAGAUCUCUCGGCCAGCCUUGCUUGUGCGUGCUUGUUAAUGGCCCUCCAGUUGCCGGCGUUGACCGCGACUUGGUCAUGCUCUUGCCGGAGAAAUGCCCUACCAAUUUUGACCCCUGUGAAAUUAUGAAAUGAAAUGGAGACGGUGAAGUACGCGAAUAUAAGUUUUCAGUUCAAUAAUGAAAUGAUAUACGCAGGAAGGUCGAUU